CUGCACCCAAAAGAGCCGAUACUGCUACAUUUUUUAAAACCAGCAUGCCUGAAGGAAAGACGGCCUCCACAUUCCCACAGUCAUUCACUCCAACGCAGAGGCUCGCUGCUUCACAGAGGCCUUUAGCCAUUCAAGCUCCAGCAUUGCCUAUCCUGUUGCCUUACAGACCUCAUGGCAGUAAGGAGCUGUUCUAUGUACCUCAGACAGAGACCCAGAUGACCCCUGACCGGUCAGAUACUACUAUGGAGAGCUCUCACCCAGGCUCGGACGACGCUGUGCCCCCACACUUCAGCAGCGAGGUCCUGGGGAACCAAGAUCCUGGGCUGGACCGCGGGGUCACCGUCAAACACACAGAGGGCAUCUACAGCAAAAGGCGGAAGACAGCCAGCUUCAAAAUGCAGACACCUGGGCACAGAGGUAACACUGUGUCAGUGGAUGAAAGCUGUCAAACAAGCAUGAUUCAAACUCCACAGCGUUUCUCUCAGGAUCCUUUUAAUUUAACUAAGGUGCCUUUGUCAAGUGACCAAGCUCCGUCUGGCUCUAAGAGAGAUCAGGGGACCAGCCCAGUUCAGUUUCUCAGUUGCAACCAAUCAGACGAGAGCGGCGUGGAGUUUCAACCAAUAAAUAUGGAGAUAGAUUACAGCAUGGCCAGCCAAUCCCAGAAUGCCCACCUGGACCAGAGCCGUGUCUCCCAAACAGGAAUGGUGGGGCAACAAGAAAGCCGGUACCGUGACCUUGGUCAGCCUGCCACCCAGCAAAAUGGUGGCAAUCUCGACCAACUGUGGCGAAGGUUUAGUGAGAGGUGGCGCCUAGAGGAAUCCCACUGGACCAAUGAGAAAGAGGCAUCGCUGCUGGAGCGGCUAGAACGCCUGUCCCGUCUUAUUCACAAUACAACAGGGGCAACACGGUUAUUAGAGCCAGAAGAUGGAGAUGGUCCUAGAAAGACAGGAGUGGGUGUAGAAAGAAUAGAGAACAUUGAAAAGUCAGCGAGGAGUGGAGAGACAAGAAGGAAAGCUGAUGGCAAGUUGAGAGGAGACAGAAAGGUUGACGUUAAACCCACGGCUCCUCGCCGGGCCUGGGUGCAGGAGACGCAGGCAGAGGAGAUCUUUGACCCUGCAGAGGAGGAGAGCUCUGCCUCCCUCAGCUCAAGUGCCUCCCACAGCCCGUCCACGAGUCGGCACCUCUGUCCUGCCGAGAGAGACGAGUCGGAGACCGCCUCCACCAUGUGCAGCUCCACAUCCACAGUGGACACAGCCCGGCUGAUUCAGGCUUUUGGUGUCCACAGGGUGCGGUGCCUGACGUCGAGCUCCAGCCUCACUAAACUCUAUAGUGAUAUCGACAAGCAGAGAGAGGGGAGAGACCUGGGGAAACAGAGAGGGAAAGCUAAAGACUUGCCUCCAGUCAUCACCCAAUUGGAGACCACCACCACAGAUGAAUCCGUUGUUACUGCUGAUUGUGCAUCGUCAGCCAGCACCCACUCCUCGCACCAUGGCCCCUCUCAGUCUCUGGCAGCUAAGAGGGUUGUUAAACUGGCCAACAAGGGCAUCCAGGCAGGUGAUUUGGAGAUUGUUAACAACGGGACACGACGGCACACCCGCGAUGUUGGGACCAUUUUCCCUUCCCCCGGUGACAUCAGAGGGACUGUGUGGGUUUCGUUACCCUCCUCCAGCAUAGAGAGGGGCCCCUCUAAAACUCAAGUCUUCCUAAAGGACAGGAGGACAAAAAGAGACCAAGCGAAACACCACCCUCAAGGUGUUUCUUGGUUCAUCCCUGUUGAGCUAAGAGCAGAGGGGAGGAAGGAGAACAAGCCGGACCAAGAGGAGGAAGAGGAGUUGGAUAGGAGGCCUGGUUCCACCUGGUUUGAGUCCUAUAAUAGAACUCAUCCCUGGAGAGAACCCCUCAGACAGAGACACAUUCAGGAAGUCAGAGACAGACCGCUCAACGUCAUCCACGCUGAAUCUGACGUGGAGUCCAGAGGCAAAACAGUAUCUUCUGGUCUGGUCCGCUUCUCGCUGCAGGAGGUGCUGGAGAUGCGUCGGCCCGAGUUCAUCUCUCACUCUAGGGAGAGGAUGAAGCGUCUGGCCUUGCAGACGGAGGAGAGGAGGUUGCAGGCUAUCUUCAGCAGAGAGCGAGAUCCUCUUUUCAGCCAGCCCGGGGGUACAGGGAGGCUGCCCAAGCUUGCAGGCAGAACAGAGUAUAGGAGGGCUGUCCCCAGAAAGGAGAUGAUCCAGAGGUCCAAACAGAUUUAUGAGAACCUGCCUGAGGUGCAAAGAAGGAGGGAGGAAGAAAGACGGAAAGUAGAGUAUCGCUCGUACAGGCUCAAUGCCCAACUCUACAAUAAGAAAAUCACCAACUAUGUCCUUGGCAGACGAACACCGUGGCAGUGAGUCCAGCGAAGCUCUGUACUGUAAUGGAGAUCAGUGCUGUGAAAACUGCUUUUAGAAAUGCAGAUCAGAACUACCUAACUUAACUUAACAUGUCAAGCUAAUUUUUAUUUAUGUGCUAAGACGUUGUCUUGUGUUUUAAGGAGGUAGCGUAGCGGUCUGUUCCGUUGCCUACCAACACGGGGGAUCGCCGGAUCAAAUCCCCGUAUUACCUCCGGCUUGGUCAGGCGUCCCUACAGACACAAUUGGCCGUGUCUGCUGGUGGGAAGCCAGAUGUGGGGGUGUGUCCUGGGCGCUGCACUAGCGCCUCCUCUGGUCGGUCGGGGCUCCUGUUCGGGGAGGGAGGGAGAACUGGAGGGAAUAGCGUGAUCCUACCACGUGCUACGUCCCCCUGGUGAAACCCUUCACUGUCAGGUGAAAAGAGGCGGCUGGCGACUCCACAUGUAUCAGAGGAGGCAUGUGGUCGUCUGCAGCCCUUCCUGAUCGGCAGAGGGGGUGGAGCAGCAACUGGGACAGCUCGGAAGAGUGGAGUAAUUGGCCAAGUACAAUUGGGGAGAAAAAGCGGGGGGGGGGAAAUCCAAAAACAAAAGAUUAUGUGCCGCAAAACAGUGUGGGAAAGAUUUCCUAAGGGUUUUAUUAGGUUAUAGUAUGGACCUAUGAAAUGUG